AUGGAAGCCAAUGCUACCAGCAUGGUACUUGAGUUCCUCAUCAUUGGGAUCUCAAAUUAUCCUGAAUGGCGAGUUACUUUCUUUACACUGGUGCUGCUUACCUACCUGACCAUUCUCUUAGGGAACAGCCUCAUCAUUGUCCUCAUCCACCUGGACUCCCGUCUUCAUACCCCCAUGUACUUCUUCCUUGGCAACUUAUCUUUUCUUGACCUCUGCUAUGCAACAGCUUCAAUGCCCCAAGCCUUGGUGCAUUGCUUCUCUGCCUACCCCCUUCUUUCUUAUCCACGCUGCUUUGCCCAAAUGAGUGUCUCCCUCUUUCUGGCCACGGCAGAAUGCCUGUUGCUGGCUGUCAUGGCCUAUGACCGCAUGGUGGCCAUUGGUGAUCCCCUGAGGUACACACUCGUCAUGAGCCCACCAGUGUGCAUCUGGUUGGCCACUGUCUCAUGGGGGGCAUCCCUCAUGCUCACCAUCAUGCUCAUCUCUUCCCUGCGACUCCGUUUCUGUGGGCCCAAUGUCCUCAACCACUUUGUCUGUGAAAUCCUCUCCCUGAUCAAGUUGGCCUGCUCUAACACACACCUCAAUGAGCUAAUGAUCUUGGCCACCAGUUUCUUUACCCUGCUCUUGCCGUUUCUAUUCAUCCUUCUCUCCUAUGCCCGCAUUGCUGCCGCUGUCCUGAGGAUACGUUCAGCCCAGGGCCGCCUCAAGGCUAUAUCCACUUGUGGCUCCCAUCUGGCUGUAGUGACCAUCUUCUAUGGGGCAGCCAUUUCAAUGUAUAUGAAACCUCAGUCCAAAUCGUCUUCCAACCAAGAUAAGUUCAUUUCAGUGUUUUAUGGUGCCUUGACACCCAUGCUGAACCCCCUCAUAUAUAGCCUGAGAAAUAAAGAUGUGAAAGGGGCAAUAAAGAAAAUGAUGGGCAAACAAGCAUAG